AUGGCCACUCUGCUCCGCAGCGUCCUAGCCCAAAACAACGGCCAAGUGCGUCUCUGCGAAGCCCACGACCGCGCGUCAACCGAGCUCGUCAGAGACGCCGUGGCAGACAACGGCCAGACCUUCGACGGCGUCUGGAACAGCGGUCUCACGCAGACGACUAUCCUCGGCGUCCCGGACACCGAGCUCGUCUCACCCCUCCGGCGUGCCCUCCUCAUGACGCCGGUACAACAGCCCAUGCAGCGAAACGGGCGCCCUCUAUGCGCGGCGUUUGACGCCGACAGCGGCGGCGAAGCCAAGGACAUCCCGGCUCUCGUGGCGGUGCUCGCCAUCCACGGCGUCUCCAUGAUCAUCAUCGAGGACAAGGCCGUGGCCAGACCCGGCGACAAGGUCAACUCCCUCCUCGCCACGUCCGACGCGCAGAGCCAAGCCGACAGGCACGACUUCGCCAACGUCAUUCGCGCCUUCAAGGCGGCCUCGGCGGGCGUGGAUGUCAUGAUUGCCGCUAGAAUCGAGAGCUUCACCACGCGCGCGGUCAGACGGGAUCCUGUCGAGGAGCAGCUGUCGGUCCAGGCUGCGCUUCGGGACGCCCUGGAGCGCGCGAGUGUCUACACCGCGACUGGCGUCGACGCUGUCAUGAUUCAUAGCAAGAGCAGGGAACCCGAUGAGGUGCUCGGGUUCUUGAAGGGCUUCCGGGCCGUGGAUGCGACCACGCCGCUGGUCGUUGUUCCGACGGCCUACUCGCAAACCAAGCGCAGUGUGCUGGCGGCCGCGGGCGCCAACGUGUUCAUCUACGCGAACCACUUGAUGCGGGCCAAGAUCAAGGCGGUGGCAGAGGUGUUGGAGGACGGGGGCGCGGGCAAGGCUGAUGUGUUUGCUGGCGACGAGGAGCUGCGCCUCUGUUGGAGGGCGCGCAACUACGGGUGUCUGUUGAGAAGGCUGGCCGAGAGACGGUAUCUGGGGCAGGGGCAGGGCACGGAUGAGCAGCGUUACGGCAUGGAAGCUGAGAAGAAGGCGUUGGAGAAUAUAGAGACUACGGUCAAGGACCUUGCCGGUGGUCAGCUGUGCGGGUGUGAAGCCGACGCUCGCAUCGUCACGGUCAAGGAGCUGCUUAGUAUCAACGCGCGCCAGGUUUCCCCGGCUGGAGCUGAUUUGUAA